CAGUGGUCCUGGUGCGCGGUGGCUGUCGGUUUGAACCGGUGAGAACUUGACAAAAUGGCCGUCGCUCAUCUUUGCUUUUUAGCAGUUAUAUGCAGUUUACUCCAUCAAGGGCUAGCCAUCACGUGCUACCAAUGUAACAGUCACAACGACUCCCGAUGUCUGCUGGACAAAUUGCCAGAUUCCCUAAGACAGCCGUGCAGUUCCAAGGACACAAUGUGCAGGAAGAUCUCUCAGAUAGUGGAGUUUGAAAUGAAUGGCAUGCCGCCGGACAGCCGAGUCAUCAGAGGCUGCGGUUGGGAUGAAAGCAGUUAUAAAGGCCGUUGCUACCAAAGAUCAGGCUUCGGCGGGAGACAAGAAGUGUGCUCGUGUACAGAAGACGGCUGCAACUCCUCAUCAAUGCCGGUGGCUGCCACUGCUCUGAUGCUGCUCACCGUAGCCCUCUUGAGGUUCUAAAACCUAUUGCCUAGUAGUAACUAGGUACCAAUGUCCGAUGUAUGGCUAGAUAAAACUAAUUUGAGAGUUAUUCCGUUAGGAUAUUCCAGGUUUUAUGGAUGAUACUGUUCUAAAUCCAAACAUGAAGUAAAAAUGGCAUACGCACGAAACCUCUUUAAGCCCAUUUUAGAGUAAAAUAAUUUUUGAAAAAAAUUGUUUUUCUUCUUUGUUUAUGACUUAGAUCAACUCACUUUUAUACCAAUCAUAGUACAAAUAAUUAAGGGUUAGGAAUAAAAAAUAUUCACGAAUUAUAGAUAAAGAAUCAAGUGCUGCUGCCAAAAAGUAAAAAAAUCUAAAUUUAAACAUUAAAAAUUAAUAUUUACAAAACUGUUUACAAAAUAUUCAGGCACCGAACUGAUAUUUUUACUGAUAUUUAAGCGAGUUAGGUAAGACGACUGGAACAAGGCUUGUAAUCCUGGCACCAUGCCUGCCUUUUUUUCAUAAAUAUUUAUGAAAAAAAAACUUUAAAUUUAAAAAAGGAAAUGUUUGUUUACAAUGUGUUCGACAGAGCGGAAUGUCCUGUGCUCUGUGAUUUCUAUAAUUCUAGUGAGAAGUGCAGUUUAGUGCCGCCAUGUUAAUUAGGUACUAGUUAGUUUCAUUUGUAAAUAGACUAGAAACUGUUUAGAAUGCUCGCAUGUGUCUGUUAGUCUGUUAGUGUUGUUCGUAGAAACAAAUGGAUGUAACUUUUAAAUUAAGACUAUAGUUUCUAUUGUGUAAAAACCAGAUGAUAAAGGGAGCAAAUAUCUUGUUUAUUUCUAAAAUAUAACCUUAAAAAAAUUGUAAGCCGAAAGGUUAUCCAAACUGAAUUGUAAAUUCAACAAAGCUCUUUAUUAGAUUUUAGAAUCAACUUUUCAACAAAGACAAAAUUUGAAUACAAAAAAGAUAUUUAGAAUUUUAAGAAUUAUGAUAGGUAUAAUGUUAUAUUAAGUUACCAGCAGAGUUAACCAAAGAAACGAUAGUUACCAAUUAACCGUUGUAAAAUUAGUUAUCUUAAUUGUCAACUU